GGGAGUCCCAAACUACAAGAGCAGGGCCGGGGCCCCUAGAUGGCGCUGCCCCCGUCUGCCCCGCGUGUUCAGCGCAUCGCAGAAAAGGGACGGCAUCGGAAAAGCUCCGGGCUGAAGGCGGUAUGCACUCCUGUGAAGCGUGUAUGGUCGGGCGCAGCGAAAAAAAUUGGGGCGGAACUCAAUCAACUCGAGUAACUCGACCCGAUAUCGGGCGGGUGGAGUUGUCUGUUUCUUUUAUAUGCAUUUGUAUGACAUGAGGACCUACUUUUACACCUCAGUUGCACAACUACUAUCUUCUAUGACGAGACCACGACAAGCACCCACAUGCUGCUUUGUAUAUCGUCAGAUCAUAAACAUUUUCCUGACAGAACAGGUGAGCUUGAUGUAUCAGCUGCACAAGGAAAAAAGUGCUGCUUCUAGCGCUAGUAACGCUACCCAGGGUGGUCCCUAUGUAUCUGCGGAUGCUUCCGCUGGCAGGCAUUUCUCUAUGCAAUGGCAUGUAUGUUUGACGAAAAUAGAAAAACACAUUAACAGGAUGACAUCAAACCUAAAGACCAUAUGCUCUCUCAAUCUUUCUGCGUCGACAUCCUGUCCUUCUUGUGGGCCUUCUUGUUUAAAACUUCGGAGAACUGAUCAUCUCGUUUCUGUCUAUGGUAUACUAAAUGUGUACCUACGAUGUCGUGAUUGUGAUGAAAAAUGAACGACCAAGUACUGGAAAAAUUGCACAGGAGGAUGAUGUGCGGAUAAGGCAAGACAUGACGAACGAUGAGGAAACUCAAAAAGUUUGUUCAGGCACAAUGAAUCUAUGAUGAAGACAUGUCUGCUUACGUGUUUCGACCUG